AGAAAGUGGGCUUCCAGCGGAAAGGCACUGCGUACUAGUGUUUGCAGGAGGGGAGUGGGCAGGGCCGAGGGCCGGGUCCUUCCAGGCUGAUGUGCGCCCGGCCUGCAGGCGCUCCAGCGCAGCGCUGGUCCAUGCAGGUGCCUGCGGAGGUGAGCGCGGAGGCGGGCGACGCGGCGAUGCUGCCCUGCACCUUCACGCACCCGCACCGCCACUACGACGGGCCGCUGACCGCCAUCUGGCGCGCGGGCGAGCCCUACGCCGGCCCGCAGGUGUUCCGGUGCACCGCGGCGCCCGGCAGCGAGCUGUGCCAGACGGCGCUGAGCCUGCACGGCCGCUUCCGCCUGCUGGGCAACCCGCGCCACAACGACCUGUCACUGCGCGUCGAGCGCCUUGCCCUGGCAGACAGUGGCCGCUACUUCUGCCGCGUGGAGUUCACCGGCGACGCCCACGACCGCUAUGAGAGUCGUCACGGGGUCCGGCUGCGCGUGACUGCCGCGCCGCGGAUCGUCAACGUCUCGGUGCUGCCCGGCCCCGCGCACGCCUUCCGCGCGCUCUGCACCGCCGAGGGGGAGCCCCCGCCUGCCCUCGCCUGGUCGGGCCCGGCCCUGGGCAACAGCUCGGCCGCGGUGCGGGGCCAGGGUCAUGGCUACCAGGUGACCGCCGAGUUGCCCGCGCUGACCCGUGAUGGCCGCUACACGUGCACGGCGGCCAAUAGCCUGGGCCGCGCGGAGGCCAGCGUCUACCUGUUCCGCUUCCACGGCGCCCCCGGAACCUCGACCCUGGCGCUCCUGCUGGGCGCUCUGGGCCUCAAGGCGCUGCUGCUGCUGGGUGUUCUGGGUGCUCAGGCCACCCGCCGCCGCUUAGAUCACCUGAUCACCCAGGACACCCCUCCAAGGUCUCAGGCUCAGGAGUCCAGUUACGAAAAUUUGAGCCAGGUGAAUCCUGCAGGCCACCAGCUGCCACGUGUUUGCUGUGAGGAACUCCUUAGCCAUCAUCAUUCAGUCAUUCGCCAAGAGAAAUGAAGGACAGUACCAGGUUAGGCCUGUACAGCUCCUAAUUCCCAGGUUCCUUGGCAGCUGUGGAUUAGGCAAUGUCUGAGGGGCCCAGGACCCUGCUCACAGAGGCUCAGAGCCCUGUGGAAUUAUGCCAGUGGGACAGCAAUCUGAUGUCUAUGUGUGCCCACAUGAGCAUCAGCAUGAAACUUCUGGAAAAACACCCGUUGUUUUUUCUUACUUAGAACUACAUAGUAAAGCAGACGGGAAACUAGCCAUAAGGUCUGGAGGUCCAGGCUCCAGCCCGCCCUGGCACCAACUUGCAUUUUGGACCAGGACGCUUCCUUCACCUCUCUGAGGCUGAGCUUCUCACUCACUAGCCAGUCAGCCUGGAGCUGUGGAAACAGUAGCUCUGAAAGGGGCUGCAUAAACUACAACUCUGUCUCAGAGGUGAGCCUCCAGACAUGCAGAAUUCUCAGGUGAGCGUGGACGGCCCAGCCUUGUGGGGGGGCCCAGAGAACAGCCUGGGGCUGGAGCUGUGCGAACUAGCCAGAGGAACGGUAAACCCUAAAAACUUGACAGCAGGAAGAGGCCUGGGACCCCCUGCCUCCUGUGAUCUCUACAGUGCUGGCCCAGCCCUCUGCCCACCAGUGAGCACAUCAGCUCUGAGCUGGGCCCCACACAGAGAAGAAGACCCGCAGUCUCAAAGCAUCUGAAAGCCGUAUGUCAAGAACUGGGAGACCUGAAGGGGCACAGGGUCCCCUUCAGCUGUAGCUCUGACCUCUCUCCACAGUGUAUACCCUCCUAGGAUGUGCAAAAUCUAGGAGCACUGGCAAUUUCUCCCGACGUGCCCGAGCCCAGCCAGGCUGACUUCAAGAACGUGCUUUCAUUAUUUACACUUCGGUGCGCAAUUGUUGAUCCCAUUAAAGAAGGAGAGAGGUAUACUUGGGACCAAGUAACCCAUGAGACAGAAAGCUAAAGAGACCAUGUUUUCCCGGGACAGUCUCUGUAGGUAGAGCGUAGUGGGUUUCCAGGCAACUGAUGAUGACAGCUCAUAGUUAUCUCCAGCAAGAGCUGUUGAGAGAGCACAGGACCUCCUUGCAGACAGCAUUAGAACAUCUCCAUCAAGGGCUUUGUAUCACCAAGGAAAAAGAUAGGGAUGUGCUUACAAUGUGGAUUAGAACAUCACUGGUCUUUGAAGCUGUUUUCAUAGCCAAGAAAAUUCUAUGAAUUCCUGCUUACAUACUGGGUUGUGUUAGGAAUUGGUAUUUGGGGUUACAAAACUGAAGAAGAAAUCAUUGCCAGUCAGGAUGAGCUAGGCCGUACUGCAGUAACUCUAAAAUCACAGUGUGUGAAAGUGGUAUUUUACACUGUAUCAGUCAGGAUUCUCUAGAGGAAGAGAAGUUAUAGAAUGAAUAUAUGAAGAGGGGGAAGGGAACAAGAAAGUGGGGUGUUAUUUGAAGGGCUUAUAGGCUGUGGCCCAGCUAGUUCAACAGUACCUGUCUACCCAAGGAAAUUCCAAUAUUCCAAUAGUUGUUCAGUCCACAAGGCUGGAUGUCUCAAGCAGUCUUCAGUAUAUACCAGAAUCCUGAAGAAUUGGGCCUUAAAGCCAGUGAAAGAAUGGAGUUGCAAGCAAAGGCAAGCAGGCAAAGAGAGCAAGCUUCCUUCUUUCAUGUCUUUCUCUAGGCUGCCGAGAAGGCGUGGCCCAGAGGAAAGGUGGAUUGUCCCACUUCAAAUGACUUAAUUAAGAAAAGAUCUCUUACAGAUGUGCCCAGCCACUUGGGUUGUAGUUAACUCCAUAUAUAGUCAAGUUGACAACCAAGAACAGCCAUGAUACCCACCCCAUUCCCAUUCUCACAGACUGGCAGGGAGGUUCAGUGUUGUUAACUGAACCCAGAUCACAGGACUCCAUCUAUGAUGUUGUGAAUUGCUAGACUGGGGGUAAAAAAUCCUCUACAAGACAUCCUACUGCUGACUGAGCCUGUUCAACCAAGAGAGCAAGCACUACAACCCUAAAUGGCAUGUGAGGAACAGUGAGAAUGAUUGACGCCACAGUAAGCCCUUUCAGAAACUCUCAAGCUUGGACACAAUGAGUCUAAAAUCAUGCACAUAAAAGGAUAGCUGACCCUGUCUUGGAAAGGCUGAAGAUGGUAUGGACUGGCUAUAUUGAUGGGGGAGACCACAGGGAAGGGUAGAGCUUGGAAGACAAGAAAAAGGGGUAUUUGAAGCACAGGGACACCCAAACAAAGAUGGCAUAAUAUUGCAUAAAUAGUUAUUAGUUUCUGGAGCAUAAAGGAGAGGCUUGGUGUAGACAGAGAGGGUGGAACACUGCUGGACAGAGGGUGCUGCCGAGUUACGGGGCUAUCCACCAGAGAAGGCUGCCUGCACAUGGGUUUAAGCUGAUAGAAGUCUUUAUUAGCCAGGCAGCUACCACACAGAGUGUUAGGGAUCCCAAUGUAGUCCCAAGCCUUUUUCAUGAUGAACUUUUGAGCACUGGCAAGCAAGGACCAGAGACACAAGCAAUGGCCAAAAGUCAUCGAAUUUGGGACUCAGCUCCCCAGGAGUCGAGGGGGAAUCCCAAAGACAAACUGCUUUUGAGACCGCACUUCCCAAUGUGAUGUAGGCUGCAAGCUGGAACCUUCUGGUUCGUCAACCCCUAAACCACGCAUUUCUCUCUUGAAAAUGAAGCUGAUCCUACACAAGGAUGGGGAGACAUGCCCCACACCCAGAAAGCUCUGUCCUUGGAAAAUCUCAAAUUACUGCACACUCUACAUGGCACCUGCCGAUCUUCCAUGCACAGCUCGGCUCAUUGCAGAUGGCUCUUUAGUGUCCAUGACCGUCAAUGCUAAGGGGAAGCUGCAGCUCACCAACACUGAAGGCAAUUUCUAUAGUGACCCUGAGCAAACUCAGGUAGGGCUCUGCCAGACACUCUUGCCUCCCAGCACCCCAAACAUUUCUGUUCAUCCCAGACCUUGUGAGCCUUUGCCCAGCUUUCAAGGCCCUCCUCCUGCAGGGGUCAAGGUCACUUUAAAGCUAUCAAGUACUCCUCUGAUGGCCUUCCAUCAGUUAGGAAUUGAAUCCUAACUGCCCACACAUACACACAUACACUGAGCUAGAAAUUUUCUCUUUGGAACUAGAGCUGUUAACAUUGUGGUGAAUUAUUUAAAAAAAAAAAAAAAAAAAAAAAAAAGAC